AUGCCAUCGAGCAAAGACGCAAUUCCAGCCGGCUUUUCUGAUUUACGUUUGGAAGGCUUGAAUCUUGAUGAGAGUCUUUGGAAUGAAUCGAAUUUAAAUUCCGAUUUUAAUUGAAAUUUCAGGAAAAGCACAAUAGCAAAAAGUCAUUCUAGCGGAGACCGGAAUGAUUUCAAAGCGAAUCAGAGCGCAAGUAGAUUUUCGUCGGACGCAGUUACAAACCUAGCCAUAACAUGAGCUUUCAAGCUGAAAAAAAUCAAAAAAAGAUUUGGAAAAACUGCAGAAGACUCGAAUAGUUAGUCUACCCCCGGAUUUGAGAAUAACCAUGAAAUAAAUAAUGGACUUCAUAAAUAUAAAUGAACAUCAUAAAUAAAUCUCACCUUUAUAAGGCAAGUCAACGAUAAAUAUGCUAAAACAUAAAAAUUAAAAAAAUGUUACUUUUUUUCGAGAAAAAUUUUGUUUUUUUGUUGAUAAGAAGUUAUAAAUGCACAGUGAUCACUAUUGUUCCGUCCUUUGAUCGUUUAAGGACCACAUUUUUCAAAAAUUAGAGAGUUCCGUGAAUUUCGAGAAGCUAGAGGUGGACCAAAAAAAGCAUAAAAAUAAAGUUUUGAGCAUGAAAAACUGUUUUUGUCUGACUUUGUAGCCGUAUAUUUAUAAAUAUUCAAGCUCAGCGACUUGAUAUAAUUUCUGGAAUAUCAAUUCCUUCAAGAAUCGUUUAAAAAAACCUGAUAAAGUAAGGAAAGAUCAAGGUGAAGCCAGGAAUUGAUGUUGAAAAACUUGUAAGAAGGCAAUUCGAAGUUCAAAUAAGGCAUUUACUGAAAUUCGAAAGCUUCUGGGCGGACAAAGUCGAACAAAAAUUUAUAUUUAAAAAAAUUAUUCUUUUUAAGCUGGUCAUAGAAAAAAACCUCUAGACUUGUCUCAAGACUUUUUUUUUGAAAAUUAGUUUUUUCGAAAAAAAAACUCGUACGCAGCCUUGAGAUUUUCCCGCUCAACAAAGCUCUUCGCGCAAAAAAACGGGCCAAACAACGAAAUGAAGAAAAAAAAGGCCUUGCAGGACACAUUGGGUCGGAUUUUCAAUUAGAGAUAUUGAAGGUGAGGGGAAGAAAAUUUCGGAACGGAAGGCCAGGUCCUGGAAUAAAAGGCAGGAAAAGUGCACGGCAAAAGUGGCUGGCCGCCGCGAAACCACGGGGUCGAGGAAAUAGCGUGCAGACGGGUGGAGACGGCCGUGUCUGGCCUCCUAAAAGCUCUCGCCAGAUGAAAGAGGAACACCUUGGUCUCGUGGGAUCGAUGAGCUGGAGCGACUCUCCGGACUCCCAACGGACCUGCCUCCAGCUCAUCGAUCCAGACGACGUCGCCGUUUUGACGUCGUCGAGUUCGCAAAAGAAAAAAAAAGAAGGGUUCCGAGUAUGGGAGGUGAAGAAGCUUAUCAAGUGGAGCAGAAGUAA